GUCUAUAGCUUCGUUUGGAAGGCAGAAACGAGACGUUAUGGAAGACGAUGGUUCGAGUUUGAGCAUCAAUCUGAUCCCCGAAGCACCUCAGAUAGUUGGCAAGAGACGUGCAAGACAAAUUAAUGAUAACAAAGACAAUGAUCUAGAUUGGAGUUUAGUACUACCUAGGUAUGCUUACUGUGAAUUCUUAGAGUCUAUGGAUGAAGUAUGUUUGGAAAACAGCAUCUUGGAAGUAUUUGGUUACGACCGUGACUUCAUCACCUCCCUCGAUCAACAACAAAUAAUAAGAACAAUUAAUACCGUCAACACAAGUGUAGUCACCGGUUUCCCGAUAAAUAUUACACAAUUUCUGGGCGCGGCUGAGAGAGACGGAGCGGGACACGUUGUUAAAGCUGGAGCCUCCAGACAUACUUGGUUCACCAAGAUCAACCGCACAGCUAUUGCAAGAGGACAUUACAUAAACGAUGCUGGAACUGGAACACAAGUGGAUAUUGAUACUUAUGAAUGGGAGCAAGAGUUUAUCAACAACAUUUUAAACAGUUCAGAACAUCCCCAAAAUGUUUCCGUUUACGUGAUGGCGUCAACUAGUUUUGGGACGGUGAGUGGCGACAAUAUUCAGAGUGAUCUCCAGUAUUUAAGUCUUGGCUUUGGUAUUGUCUUCAUUUACGCAGUUGUUAUGCUUGGUAAAUUUAACAUGGUGGAGCAGAGACCAAUACUCUCACUAUUAGGGUUAUCUUGUGUGGGUCUGGCUGUGGGCGUCUCUUUUGGCAUAUGUUCAGCCUUCAAUAUUACCUACGGACCUGUGAACAGCAUUCUUCCAUUCUUGUUGCUUGGACUAGGCAUCGAUGACAUGUUUGUGAUUAUGCAGGCGUGGAACAACCUGUCGCCACAGGAGAUGAAGGAGGGGCUGAGUGAGCGCGUUGGUUGUGCCCUUAAACAUGCUGGAGUCUCCAUCACCGUCACCUCCGUCACCGACUUCGUUGCCUUCGCUGUUGGCAGUACAACUGCACUGCCAGCUCUUAGGUCCUUCUGUCUCUACGCUGCUCUUGGUAUUGCUUCCGUUUAUUUCUUCCAGUCUACUUUUUUUGUAGCCUGUCUGUGUAUAGAUCAGAAGCGCCUGGAAGACCGCCGUCACGGGUUACUGUGCUGCUGGAAACUCAACAAGUGGACACCAAACCGCUGCAGCCAGACAGACCUGUGCCAGACUUUCUUCACCAAUGUGUACGCCAAGAUACUCUUCUUACUACCAGUGAAGAUCUUCGUGAUUGUAGCUACAGUCGUUCUAGCUUGUGUAUCUGCCUGGGGACUCUCAAACCUGCGGCAAGAAUUUGAUCCUAUCUGGUUCCUUCCACAAAAUUCCUACCUUUAUAAAUUCUUCAUUAAACUAAAUUAUUAUUAUCCAUCUUCUGGAGCAGAAGGUUCAGUGUUCUUUGCCAAUAUCAGUUUAUUUACGGAAUUGUCAAAUAUUGACACAAUGACUAAACGGUUGAAGGAAACUGAGAGUAUAGUAGAAGUUGAGAGUUGGUACGACAAAUACAAAGUGUACUGGAAAAAACAAGGUUAUGAGGUGCCUGAUCCAGCACAGUCCGAGGAAGAGUUUCUGGAUCAGCUGAGCCAGUUCCUGUUCUCUCCCAGCGGGUCGCCAUACAGGAAUAGGAACUUCCGUUUCUCAUCUGCACUCAACUGCACUCAAAAAGCCCCCUCUGUAGUGGCUUCCAGCAUUGACUACAGACAUACACUAAUGUCUACAUCAAGGCAAGAAAUAAAAGCCAUGGAAAGUGUUAAAACUGUAGUGCGUAAGAUGAAUGCCACCGGAUACGUGCGAGCUUGGUCAAGAUCUUAUGGAGAAUGGGAAACAAACCAGGUGAUCGAAGAGGAACUGUACCGAAACAUGGGUGUUGCCCUGGUUGUGGUGUUGGUGGUGACUCUCCUGCUCAUGGUGAGCGUAGUCACCAGCGUCUUGGUGCUCGUGUGUGUCUUGGCCACGCUGGUGGACGUGGGGGCCCUCAUGCACUGGUGGGGCCUCACCAUUGACACCGUCUCCUGCAUUGAUCUGGUCCUGGCCGUCGGGCUCUGCGUUGACUACGCCGCCCAUGUUGGCCACACCUUCAUGACCAAACACGGCACUAGAGAUCAGAGAGCCAGGCAGACCGUGGCCACCAUCGGCCCGGCUGUUCUCAACGGCGGCUUCACCACCUUCCUCGCGUUCGUCUUCCUCGUUAACUCCACCUCUCACGUCUUCUUGUCCUUCUUCAAGAUAUUUGUAGGAGUGUGUCUGUAUGGAGUAUACCAUGGACUGGUGUUCCUGCCGGUGUUGCUGUCUAUGGUGGGGCCCGCCCCCAACACCACCCUCACGCCCCGCACACACCCUCAGGUGGGGCCCGCCCCUAACACUACCCACACGCCCCGCACACACCCUCAGGUGGGGCCCGCCCCCAACACCACCCACACGCCCCGCACACACCCUCAGGUGGGGCCCGCCCCCAACACCACCCACACGCCCCGCACACACCCUCAGGUGGGGCCCGCCCCUAACACCACCCACACGCCCCCCACACACCCUCACCCACCAGCGAGUAGAACGUUCACAGAGACAACCGCUGGUGCCGGAGAUGGUUCAGCGAACAACAGCGGACAUGAGCAGUGUGGGAACGAUGCCGGGACACACGGCACACCUGAUUGUGUUGAAAUCGAAACUCAGGGCAUAAAACAGACAGGUGGGGUAGGGGAUGAAAUCGAGGCGACGGCAUUCAGCAGACCCUAGUGGUACCGGGAACUAGGCCGGAACAUACAGCAGACCUGAGGGGUACCGGGAACUAGGCCGGAACAUACAGCAGACCUGAGGGGUACCGGGAACUAGGCCGGAACAUACAGCAGACCUGAGGGGUACCGGGAA